CCUCUCCUCUUCUUUUCCUUUUUUUGGUCCGCCGUGCUCAUGAGCUCUAUACAACCCGUUCUUGCAGAGACUCUCCGCUGGCGCACAUGCUGAUGCGCAACGCCUCCCCAAUCGGUCCCUCACUUUGACAAAUUCUUGGACACGAGAGCUUCUACAGAAUUGAUUUCCUUUUUUACUUGCAACGAUUAUUUGGUGAAUCACUGAACAUUUCUGCGAACUAUAUAUAUUCUCUGCACAAGAAGGCUAUCCGAUUUGGAAAUCACAAUGACUCUAUGGUCAUUUUGGAGUUGUUAUUUUUUGGCUUGCAUUCAGUUUUAUUCCUUUCACUUGAAGUUGGGAGCUCGGGCGGAGAUAUCUUCUCCUAAAUUGGCUAACAAGUUUUAUCCCUUGGAGGUAACAUCGCCGAUGACAUGUGUAACAUCUGCGUGGAACAAAGUCCCGCUCAAAGUCAGUGACCACGGUGAAGUUUUAAACAGGUCUGACGCAGCGGUGAACUAUUUCAGAAAUCUUAAAAUACCUGACAAAAAGUGUGAAUACGUUUCAACAGCAGUGACUGAAACACCAAAACGCACAUUUUCAGUAAAGGAGAAAAAGAAAAGGAGUGUCGGUGCGCCUUACAAAGAAAAUGUGGACAAGAGUGUCAAUGGGGAAGCGCAGAGGUCCACAGGAGCUGUCCAAGGUGCUUCAAACUUCAGAAGCGAGUAUCGGCGCACAGGCGAAGAAAGCAGGGGCUCAAACCAGAGGCAGAGCGAGCCUCACCUGGAAACCUCCACUUUUGCUCUGUCGGGAGACUCAGCGCACAACCAGGCGAUGGUGCACUGGUCCGGACAGAAUAGCAGUGUGAUCCUGAUUUUGACUAAGUUAUAUGACUUCAACUUGGGGGCUGUUACAGAGAGCUCGCUUUGGAGAUCCACUGAUUAUGGCAGCACUUACAACAAACUCAAUGAUAAAGUGGGCUCAAGAACAGUUUUAAGCUACUUGUAUGUCUGCCCUACCAACAAGCAAAAGAUAUUGAUGCUUAGUGACCCAGAGGUAGAGAGUGCUGUUCUCAUCAGUUCAGAUGAAGGGGCAAGCUUCGAAAAGUAUCCCAUUAACUUCAACAUCCUGAGCCUCCUCUUCCAUCCUGCACAGGAGAACUGGGUACUAGCUUAUAGUCAUGAUUACAAGCUCUACAGCUCAAUGGACUUUGGGAAGAAAUGGCAGCUUGUCCAUGAAAAUGUGAUGCCAGGAAGAUUCUACUGGGCGGUAAUGGGGCUGGACAGAGAAUCAGAUGUGGUACACAUCGAGACGCGCAUCGCAAAAGGCCGAGCUCAGUACGUGAAGUGCAGAGCACAGAGAUGCACUGAGGGCAACACACAGUACCUCUUUCCUGGACACAUAGACACCAACUCUCUGGUUGUGCAGGACGAAUAUGUUUUCACACAGGUUACCAAGUCAGGACGAGCCAGUUAUUUUGUCUCCUACAUGAGAGAAUCAUUCAGGCAGAUGAAAUUACCAAAGUACUGUUUGCCAAAGGACAUGCAUAUUAUCAGCACAGAUGAGAAGCAGGUUUUCGCUGCCGUUCAGGAGUGGAACCAGAACAACACUUACAGCCUGUAUAUCUCAGACUCCCCUGGGGUCUACUUCAUCCUUUCAUUAGAGAAUCUGAGAACCAGCAGAGGGCCUGCUGGUAACCUAUUGGUUGACUUUUAUAAGGUUGAGGGCAUAAACGGCAUGUAUCUUGCUAACAAAAUAGUGGAUAAUCACAUAAAGACCUUCAUAACAUACAACAAAGGACAAACCUGGGCUCUGCUACCAGCUCCAGCAACAGAUGUGGCUGGAAACAACCUUCACUGCAUUCUGCCAUUUUGCUCGCUGCAUCUUCAUCUGGAGAUGUCAGAGAAUCCCUACACAUCUGGGCCCAUCACAAGCAAGAAGUCUGUCCCAGGAAUCAUUGUGGCCACAGGAAACAUUGGAACGGAGCUGUCCUCUACCAACCUUGGGAUGUUUAUUACAUCUGAUGCAGGGAAUAGUUGGAGACAGAUUUUUGAUGAAGAGUACAACAUUUGGUUUCUUGACAACGGAGGUGCUUUGCUCGCAGUUCUUCAUGCAUCAACGCCAAUUCGCCAACUAUGGAUCAGUCUUGAUGAAGGGAAGAAAUGGGAUCGCCACAGUUUCUCCUUGGUGCCUCUGUAUGUGGAUGGCGUUUUAAUGGAGCCUGAAUCUGACAAUCAUAUUAUCACCUUUUUUGGACACUUCAGCCACCGGUCAGAGUGGCAGCUUAUCAAGAUUGACUACAAGGGUCUCUUUAGCAGGAGAUGCAUGGAUGGAGAUUAUCAGACCUGGUACCUGCACAACAAGGGAGAGCUUUGUGUGAUGGGUGAGAAGCAGAUCUAUAUGAAGCGCCGGCCUGGCAACCGUUGCAUGUUGGCUCAGGAUUAUUCCAGGAUCUACUCCUCAGAGCCAUGCCUCUGCACAGCCUAUGAUUUUGAAUGUGACUAUGGGUGGGAGCGUCAGGCAGAUGGAAAGUGCUCUCCUGCUUUUUGGUAUAAUCCAAAUGGUGUAGCUAAAAGCUGCAGCUCCAGCCAAAGUUUCCUUAACAGCACUGGAUACCGUAAGGUUUUGUCCAAUAACUGUAAGGAGCGAGGGAGAAAUGUGUACUCGCCCAAGAGAGUGGCAUGUCAACCCAAAGCACCCCAGGGCCUCCAUCUGUCCACCAGCCAUGGAGAGCUCAGUGCCACCGUUGGAAGCAAUGUUACUUUUAUGAUCCACCUUGAUAAUGGAGAGUCUCCCAGCACCAGCAUUCAGCUUGACUUUGGGGACGGCAUCAAGAUUACAUACUCUAACCUAAGCAGGACUGACGAUGGCAUCAAGCACAUCUACAGAAUGACUGGGAUUUACCGAGUGAUAGCUACUGUAGAAAACAACCUGGGAUCUGACAGCACAACACUUUUUUUGCACAUCACUAGUCCAGUGGAUCGUGUUUAUCUCUCCGCUCCUGUUGUGGCCUCCAAGGAGAAAGCAGCUAAUCUGACUGCCGUAGUUUGGCCUAGCCAUACAAGAACUCUGACCUUCUUUUGGUGGUUUGAAAACAGCUCCGAGCCCAUUAUAACUCUGGAAGGAAGCAUCUCACACAUGUUUCUCAGAGAAGGAAAAAACAAGGUCACAGUCCAAGUUGCUUGUGGAAGCACCGUAUUGGAAGACUCAAAAGUUAUAACCGUUAAAGAGUUCUUCAGGUCACUGCUGUUGUCGUUUUCACCAGCUCUUGAUGAGCACAAUCCUGACAUCCCCGAGUGGAGGGAGGACAUAGGCCGUGUAGUGCGGACAGCUUUGUCACAGGUGUCAGGGGUUCCUGAAAAUCAGCUGAUGGUGUCUCUGUAUCCGGGACUUCCAACCACAGCUGAGCUCUUUAUUCUGCCUGAUGAGCAAAUGUUAAGUGAGCACAAGAAAAGGAGGGACGAGGCUUUGGAUACAGUAUCCGAUAUUUUUGUCACUGCCCUAAACCAAGGCCUGAUCCAGUUCGAACUAAAGGCAAAUAUCCGCAUUAUUGUGUACAUGACUCAGCAAACAUUGGCACCACUAGUUGAUUCAAACUCAAUUCAUAGUGGGUCUGCAAUGCUUAUGCUCAUCAGCGUGGUCUUUGUUGGUAUAGCUGCAUUUUUCAUCUACAAAUUCAAAAGGAAAAUCCCUUGGAUCCAUGUGGAGACUGAGGACCGCCAUGAGAAGGAUCCAGAGGUGAUAAGCACAGUAGGUCAAAACGAUGCCAUGUCCAAGGUCAAGCUAAGCGAAUUUCCGUCUCAGAAAGAACUCAUGGAAAAAGAGCUGGAAGGCAGAAGCAGAGGAGGAUUUGGAAGAAAUAUGGAAAGAAUUGUCACAAGGGAAUUUCCAAAUUGUACUAAUGUCUAAGAGAUGAGUAAGUACGGUGUAUUGUGUUUUGAUUGUAAUACUUAGUUUGCUUUGUCAGAAUAUUUUUUUUACUUGUGUCAUGCUGAUAGCUGCAAUUAUUCAAACUCAUUUUAAACCUAUGUGGAUUUGGUACGCGGUUUGCAGUAUCUCAGUUGUUUUAAAUCCUUUGAUCUGAAUAUGUCCAACUUCUGAUAUAAACUCAUGAUGUACCUAAAACUGUCAUAAUGGCUAGUAUAAAUGCUUUAGAGAAGAUUGAUAUUAUUGUCCAAAUUGUUCAUAACAUGUAUUGAGUUCAUCAUACCUGAAUAGUUCUUCUUUAAAAACAUAAAAAAAAUACUAAUGUCAAAUAUGUUGAUUAUUAAAAGAUAGAUUAAAAAAAAUAUAUAUGAAAAUACGUUGACUAUUCUGUCUAGUACUUGGAUGGACUCCAUUUAUAUUUCAGAAAUGCCCAAAUUCUUCAUGGCAUAAAUUCAAAGCUAUUCUACAAAUAUUCAUAUUCUGAUCCAUAUUGGCUUGACUGCAUUUUACUGUACUGACUAAACAUUGCAGACAAAAUCCAGACUCAUUACGUGGUUCAAUUCAGUUACUGUUGUUUUUCUGUCAUCUUGAAGUUUAUAAUUUCUCCUUUGAAAUUAACAAGGGAUUUCUUCCCCGACACAACUGCCACCAGUAUGCUCUUAACCGGAGACAAAUAUCUAAGUAAAAGAGCUCAGUAGAUUACCAUUUUCUGUAAUAUUAGACCUUAGAACCAACAAGCGACAUGAAGUAGUUUUAUCUUUCUGAUUCUAGGUUUAAAAUUUAGUAAGUUGUCUUUACCACACCAAGAGGCUAAAAUUAGUUAAGCUGCUGCACCUGAUUGGCAAAUUCACUCUUUGUAGCCAGUGAGUUAAUUUCAUAAAAAAAA